ACGUUACAUAACCCACAACAACACGUGUUUCUUUUGUCUGCAAAUUUUCUGAGUAACCAUUUUGAGCUCAGGCUCAGCGUGAAAAAUGUCGUCAAUUUCUUCUAUGAUCUCUUCUUCUUCAUCCACUUUCUUAGCCUCUUCGAGUUUUAAUAGCAGAACUCGAAAUGCUUGCUUACCCAUGGCCAAACGGGUCAACACGUGCAAAUGCGUUGCAACCCCUCAAGAUAAGAUCGAGUAUAAGACAAACGUGUCUCGGAAUUCAAACAUGUCAAAACUUCAGGCUGGCUACCUCUUCCCGGAGAUUGCAAGAAGAAGGUCUGCACACUUGCUGAAGUACCCAGAUGCGCAAAUCAUAAGCCUUGGAAUAGGAGACACAACUGAGCCAAUUCCAGAAGUGAUCACUUCUGCAAUGGCAAAUAAAGCGCAUGAGUUGUCCACAGUAGAGGGAUAUAGUGGUUAUGGUGCUGAACAAGGUGCAAAGCCACUGAGAGCUGCGCUUGCCAAAACAUACUACAGUGGCCUUGGCAUAGGUGAAGAUGACAUCUUUGUUUCUGAUGGUGCCAAAUGUGAUAUCUCCCGUCUCCAGGUUAUGUUUGGUUCCAAUGUUACAGUUGCCGUUCAAGAUCCUUCCUAUCCGGCUUAUGUGGACUCCAGUGUUAUUAUGGGUCAGACCGGACAAUUUAACACAGAUGUGCAAAAGUAUGGGAACAUUGAGUACAUGAGAUGCACUCCAGAGAACGGCUUCUUCCCAGACUUAUCCACCGUUAGCAGGACGGACAUAAUCUUCUUCUGUUCCCCAAAUAACCCUACCGGUGCAGCUGCCACGAGGGAUCAGCUGACUCAGUUAGUAGGGUUUGCAAAGAAGAACGGAUCAAUCAUAGUGUAUGAUUCAGCAUACGCAGUGUACAUGUCUGAGGACAAUCCACGCUCCAUUUUCGAAAUCCCUGGAGCAGAAGAGGUUGCUAUGGAGACAGCUUCCUUCAGUAAAUACGCUGGUUUCACUGGAGUUAGACUUGGCUGGACAGUCAUCCCCAAACAGCUGCUCUAUUCAGACGGCUUCCCUGUAGCAAAAGACUUCAAUAGAAUUGUCUGCACUUGUUUCAACGGUGCAUCUAAUCUCUCCCAAGCUGGUGCUCUUGCUUGCCUUACACCACAAGGACUUGAGGCAAUGCACAAGGUGGUUGGGUUCUACAAAGAGAACACAAACAUAAUCAUAGACACAUUCACUUCUCUCGGGUAUGAUGUGUACGGAGGAAAGAAUGCGCCUUACGUUUGGGCUCACUUCCCGAACCAAAGCUCAUGGGAUGUGUUUGCUGAGAUUCUGGAGAAGACUCAUGUGGUUACGACUCCAGGGAGCGGGUUUGGACCUGGAGGUGAAGGGUUUGUUCGUGUUAGCGCCUUUGGUCACAGAGAGAACAUCUUGGAGGCGUGUCGGAGAUUCAAGAAGCUUUACAAAUGAUUAAGAUUCUUGUAAUCAUUCAUCAUCAUUACCCUCUUUAAUGACUUGAACAAGCAUCUAAAUAAUACCGUUUCCUUUGUUUUUUCGUUUUUUGAAUUGCUGACAACUAAGUAACAAAUAUUUCAGUAAGUUACGAAAUAACAAUUCAAUUAAUAAAUAUUUCCACAUAUUGUUUGAAUUAUAGUUAAUAUAUGAAACAAUAUGUAGUUUUUCUUAUCAGGUAGAAGAAAUGUUGCAGGAGUAAACUCUUGGUCGUGUUUAUUCACAGUAAACUCUUUUCUUACUUCUUGGAAUGUUUUGAUGUGUCAAGAACCGUUUAGGUUGAGUUGAUACGGUUAAUAGAGUUUGUUAUGUAUCAAAAAGUAAUCAAAACAUCUUCAAAGGGUUUCAUUAUUGUAUAAAUUACAGAACGUACGGUAUGAGAUUAUGUGGAGGAGAUUAUAUAUGUUCAUUUACAGCAACACAAAAGAAGAAAGUAUGAAGAAUCUCCAUCAGGAGCAACUAAGUUCAAUAGCUCGUUGGAACCUCUUGUCAUACGUAGCAGGAUCACCAAACAGCCAAAGCAUAAACUUGGAACGAGAACUUUCAGAACUUUCUGAUGAGCUUCUUGCCGGAAGAUGACAUCUAACCACCGGCAGAGAAGGUUCUGGUUGUGGCUGCAGAUUAUUGUUUGUUGUUGUUGUUGUUGGUAACUGCUGAAUCAGAGGAGGGGAGAGCAUGAACAUCGCAGCUAAUGGUGCCAUUUGGUGAGUCUAAAGUUAAAGAAAAUAGGAGGUUUUGCGUGCAGAAGAUUGGUUGCAUGUUUCAUGCGUUAAUAUAGAGAAGAGAGGAUAAAGAAUGAAGGGAGUAGGUGUGUGCCGUGCGUUACAUGGCACCCUAGUUGUUUCUUAAGAAAAUUAAAUCCAAAUAUAACCAUUCAUUUCAUGACACGUAGCACAACAUAGUCAACUUGUGCCAAAGCCGUGGCUAUCGAGUGCCAAUGCUACAAUAAGAAAGAAGAACUUGUGCGCCACUCUAUGGUGGUGGUGGACUUGGGACCAUAAAAUAAAGCUAAAAGAUAACCCACUGAAAUAAGAUAAAACAAACUUCCAUCCAUGUCCAAACCAUAUUAAAAAAAAUUGUGUAAGCAGAUUACAAAAUGAUUACUCCUUUUUGUUCCUCCUUUUAUUAAAUGAAGAUCGAGUUAGACUUUUACUUUGUUUCAUGAAUUUUUUUUUUCUCAAACUGUAUGGUCUGAAAAGAAAAGAAAAAUGCCUAAAGAAAACUGAUUUGUGAACAAUUAUUCUGAGAAUUGUAAACGAAUGAAAACUUUGCAAUGAAAAACUCCAAAACAAAAGCAACCACGUUACUUCACCUUUUUUUUUGCUUGCAUCACACACUAGAAUGUUCCACACCAAAGAAUUGAUUCCUAUACUUUGACAGUGGUGGUGUACUUUCAAGAUUAUUCUCAAAGUCUCCAAUAUUAAAGUCUUCUUACCCAAAGUAUACAUUAUUAUUUUGUUAGUACUUUAUUAUGAGACUUAUCUUUCAAGCUGUGUUCGUUGGCAAAUAUAAAUACACGUCGACAUAGCCCCACAUUUACACUCUAAAGAUCGCAAUCCGUGUUCUCUCUCUCUCCCUAGUCUUGUCUCUAUUAUUAUUUUCCUCUGUUUCCAUUUUUUUGAUAAGGUUCAUCAGUUCCUCUAGAGUGAUUUUGAUCAUUUAGCAAAAAUAUGAGCGAACCAAAGUAUGCUUAUCCUUACCCUGCACCGGGAAGUUACCCGCAAGGCCCGCCUCCUCCUGUGGGAGCACCGCCGCAGUAUUAUCCUCCACCACCACCACCUCCACCGCCAAGAAAGAAAGUUGGUUUUCUUGAAGGAUUAUAUUAUAGAUCAGUGUGAGAGAAGUUUGUCUUAAACUUAAAAUUGGUGUGUUAUUGGCUGUGCAGUCUUGCGGCCAUGUGUUGUUGCUGCUUUGUGGAUGAAUGCUGCUGCGACCCGACCAUUAUAUGCUUUGAUUAAACUUUUUAAAAAUAUAUUAAAUCUCUCUCUUUGUAUUUGUUUUUUUUGUUUAUGAUGGAGUUUAUGUAAUAAGUGUUGUAUGAUUAAUUAUCCUCUACUAUACAAGCUGUGUGUUAUUUGGCAAAAUAUAAAUAAACAUCGAUAAAAGCCCA